AUGCUCCUCUCCUCUCCAACACGGAUAGCUACCUGCUUCGCAGCCCUGCUACUCCUCACAGCACCCUCGCUCGCCAUCAAAUUCGACAUCGAAGCGCGCAACUCGCCCACGACCAAGUGCAUCUGGAACUACGCUCUCUCCGACACCCUCGUAAUCGUAACGGUCAACUCGGGCCCCUCCCCCUCCUCAUCAGUAAAUGCCGAAGGCCAACAGAUAGACGUGGAGAUCGUCGAUGCCUCUCACCACAAUAACGUCUAUCUAGACAAGAAGGACAUACGAGGAGAGACGCGGAUGGCGAUCAAUACACACUCCCAGUCUGACUUGGGGGUGUGUAUCACAAACAGAUUGAAGAAGGGCCACUCAACGUCCGGGCUGGGCACACCCGGCUCAUCGAUCGACAUCGACGUCGACAUCGGCGCUGAUGCGGUAGACUACAAUGCCAUUGCCAACCAGGAAUCCCUCUCUGGCCUCGAGACGGAGAUGCGCAAGUUGGAGGCAGUGGCGCAGGAGAUUUUGGAUGGCAUGGACUACUUGAAGAGGAGAGAAGAGAAGAUGCGCGGCACCAAUGAAUCGACCAACUCGCGCGUACAGAGUUUUGCCUCCCUCACCGUCUUCGCCCUCGUGGGAUUGGGGGCUUGGCAGAUGUGGCAUUUACGUUCCUUCUUCCAGCGCAAGUACCUCAUCGAUUGAGCCCAAUCGCAAUCUCAAUGCCCACACUCAUCUGCGGCGGCGACUACUCCGUCUUGAAGCGUGACUUGCCUUCUGGGGUGAGGUACUGCGGGCGAGCCAAGAGGUGAGAAUUGAGCGUCAGUCACAAGCACUCCUUGCCUCGCAUGCUUCGCGCACCGCUGCCCCCGUCUCACCUUCUUGAAAGCAGCGAGGAAGGUCUCAUACCCCUGCUCGUUGAUGACAUCCCCGUGACAGGGCACGAUCCUCCUCGCCCUCCACCCAGCCACAACCUCUGCAUCCAUAGCGAAUUGCUUUCUCCUCUCCUUUGCACCUCCCUCUCCAGCAGCUGCCCCCGCCAUCCAGAGGAAGCCCGCAUGGAGGGAGCGAUGUGGCUGGAGGAAUUUUGCAAAGGAUGCCAGGAAGGGGACGGGGGAUGAAGGCUUGCCCGACGAGGUGCCGAGAUG